CCCGGGGUCUGGGCCUUGGCCUCACCCCGUCCCGGGGAGGGAGAGGAUAGGGUUUGGGGACGGUUCCGGGCGGGAGCCCGGUGGGUUUGGGCCUCGGGGGCCGGAAGCGCGGCGAGCCCGGGGCCCCAGCCCUGAAACCAGCCUCACAAACACUGAUUUACCCCCUCAACAGUUUCCAAUCUCUCUCUCUCUCCUGCUCUUUACCCGAUGCUGUGCAGAUGACACGGACUGAGUUGUCUUUCCUGGCAGAGUCAUGACCCUGCUGUGGAGGGUGCUUCCAAUGGUGUUCCUGUGCCAGCUGGCACCAGCUGUGGCGGGUGGACACCCUACCAGUGAGCCGGUCCCCGAUGACUGGGUCCUGCUCCAUGUGUACCAAGGCCAGGUUAUGCCCGGAAACUACAGCUACAUGUAUCUUGACGACAGUGGUCGGCUCGUGUUGCGAUUGGACAGUCCCCGGGGUGAUGCUGACCUCUACAUCUCUGACUCCACCCAGCAUCCCAGCUUUGAUGACUAUGAACUGCAGUCGACCACUUGUGGCCGGGACUGGGUGGCAGUACCUGCCAGGUUCCGGCGACCAGUGGCCGUCGCUGUCUACGGGCACCCCUCACAUCUGGAGACAGAGUACGAGAUGAGGGUUUAUCUGGACCAGGGGGUGACAGAGGACCCCUUUGCUGAACUCUCCUACCCUACCGAUGAGGGCACUGGCGACAGGACUCCAGGGAAGACAGUGCAGGAGGAGAAGUCGGUGAUGUGGACUAUAAUGAUUGGGAUUCUGAAGCUGGUGCUGGAGAUCCUGUUUUGAUGGCAUCCCCUCACAAUGGUAGCCCAGAAUUGUGGGCAGUUGGACAGCUAUCUGAGCUGCAAUGUAUUUGAAGCUUUUCUGACUUCUGCUGCCUGCUUCCUCUUGGAGCCUGGCUGAGUUUAUUGUUUCCUUGAUUUCAAGCAGUUGGUGACUCGAGUUUAAUUUUGAAGAGAUGGUGAUUGCUUUUUUUUCCUCUGGGGAGGGAUACUCCUGAAUUAUGUGUAAUGUAACACACCAUGUUAUUACCAGAUGAGACACCAGCACUAGUGCUGUUGCAGGAUACCCAAUCUCCUGUCCCUAUCACUCCCUUGUCUGUACCACUUCCUUUCCCAGGGUAGCUCCUCUCUAAUGUCCCCUCAAAUUUAUUUUGUCAUUGUGCGCAGACCCUUCAUUUAAGUGUGUGGUACCUUUAGAUUGUUUUGUAAGGCCACGCAUGAGCCAUAUCUUAGAGGGUACAACAUGUGCACGGCAACAUCUGGGUUGCUGCAUACCCAAGAGGGAGCAUUACUCCUCGUUGAUCUAUACUAUGUCCAUUUCCUGGGACAACCCCCUCCCCGCUGUCUAUGCUAUGCUUGCUUUCUAGGAUAAGCUAGCUAUAUGCUGUCUAUUUCCUGGAUAAACCCUCUUUCUGUUUGUACCACAUCCAUUCAGACUUUGGUAAAGGGAGACUGUACAUUUUCUACAUGGAAAGGGCAGCAGCAAGGUUUGUGUGAAGUAGACACUGCUUUCUAUUCAGAAAAUCAGAGAUAAUGCAAAGUGAUUCGAACACGAUACGGCCCAACUUACAACAAACUUAAGUACACUCAGUAAACUGGAAAUAGAAAUCUUAUAGAAUCUGUGAAAUAUCUUUUGGAAUUAUCCCUCAUCGAUUUGCUUUGCCUGAAUGGGAGGCAAUUUUUAAUUUUUAAAGGCCUUAGAAAAAAUGAAUGGUGAUGGACAUUCUUUUUGAGAAUGAGAGUCAAUAAACACAAUGAUUGCAUUGA